AUGAGCAACGAGACUGAUCUCAUCGAGCCGGCUGUUUCAAGUCAAACUCAACGAAUUGCUGUCACGCUUGUCAUCUUUACGGUAUGCCAAAGAACAGUAGAAAGUGGAAAAACAUUUCAGACUUUGCAGAUCUCAUUUACUGGGUUACUGGGUAAUCUUUGCGUGUUUCUGUUCGCCACCACCCUCAAAACUCUGCGCAACUCGUUCGGCCGUCUGUCCGCCUCCCAAUCCUUUGCCGAAUCCAUCCUCUGCUCCGUCUUCGUGAUCUUCUACUGUCCCAUGGUAUUACUGUACGUCUCCUCUUUCCGUCGACACCUCACGUUCCCAUCUUGUCCGUUUCCAGAGACAUUUCCUCGUUCAAAGUGGCUUCUGCCCAUGCUGGGCUCAUUCUCCUCUUCUGCUACGACGUCUGCAUAUUCUCGCACCUUUUCAUCGCUUUGAACCGUUUGUGUGCCAUUUCUUUCCCAAUCGAAUACAAUAAUAUCUUUGAGUGAGCUCUCGCCUUUUCCGAGAAAACCUCUCCGCUUCAUUUCAGUGAAAGAAACACGCGAAUUCUAAUUGGACUCGCCUACGCGAUUCCCUGUUUCACUUCAAUCUACAUGCAUUUAGCAAGUGAGUCCCUAGUCUGGUUCCAUUAAAUCAAACAUCGAAUGCACUUUUCAGACAACUGUCUACUCCCCUACGUCGACUUUGGCUGGUAUUUCGGAGUGAAUACAUCGGCCGAUUGUGACGUCAUCCGCUAUUAUAUCGACUUCUGCAAAGACUUCGGAGUGGUCGCCUUGAUCGCCAUCGUUGACAUAUUUACUAUUAUCAUGAUCAGAAUCACGGCUCCGGGAAUAAGGAAUCUUUCUGCGAACUGUGCGGUGACACAGAAGAAACGACAAAGGGAGAUUACUUUUGUGAAACAGGCCCUGAUUCAAGGCGCCGUCUUCGCCACCGAGCUCGUAUUUUUCUUCAUAAUCUCCGGGAUGCAAACCGAGCCCGUCAUGAUCUUCCUAUGCACCACCGUCUCCUGGAGCCUCGUACACACAAUCGAUCCCCUUGUGCUCAUAUUUUUGAACCAGGAGUUUCGCAACAUGCUCAUGAGGAAUCCGUUCACGAGAAAAAGAUGUAUGGGUAAAGCACCAGGGAGGCAGUGUUCACUUCAAUUCCAGACUUUCAGCCACUCGAGUCACCUACUCCACUCAACCCAUCGACAAUACCAGCUCGCACAACUGA